AUGCUCAAACAUCGUGGAUUCCUUGUACUUGUGACUCUGAUCUUUCAAACAUGUACCCUCGCCGGUGCCGAGUACACCGAAAAGGUCUGGAGUGUAUUCGCAUAUACUCUCUACGGAGACAGUACCCCCGAUGCAUUACUAGAGCAGUACUCAGCAGGUCUGUCAGAUUACGGAGCCUACCAGCUUGCCGCCGCGGGAACAGCAUUCCGGAACCGCUAUGUGUCGUCGGCUGGGAGCACCAAUGCAACUGAAUUUGCUAUUCAGGAAAUAUCUGCAUCUAUCUUAAUGUCAAAGAACCUAGAAGUGCUUUCGACAACUGAGGAGAAUGUGAUUGCGUCAGCACAAGCAUUUAUGAUUGGACUUUACCCACCGCUUGGAGAGGAAGACAUGAAUACUACGGACGAAACCGCAAAUGGAACUACUUACUCGGCACCGCUAGACGGAUAUCAGUUCCCUAAGAUUGUUACACUUGGGGAGUCUGACCCUGGAUCUUUGUUUGUAGCAGGACAAUCAGGCUGCACCAUGUAUCAAGCUGCGGUAUCCGAAUAUCAGAGCAGCGGGGGUGCAGCGGAGAUCACACAAGACACGGAAGUCUUCUAUCAAAAGCUUUUGCAUCAAGUGCUUUCUGGGGUUUAUGAUGAAUCAACUGCAACGUAUGCAAAUGCCGUUGGCAUUGCAGACUAUUUGGAAUAUGAGGUUUUGCACAACAGUACUGCAUUGGAUCAUCUAUUUGGUGACGACCUGAUCCGAGCGCGGUCCCUGGCGGACCAGUUCACCUAUGCUACGAAUGGACAGGAUGCUUCAGUACAGAGCGAGUCCACCAUCGACGCUAUUAGUCCCAUUGCUGGUCAAACUCUCGCUACCAGCAUCCUCAAGGCAUUCAACCUGAGUAUGGAGGAGCAGGGAAACGGCCACAAAAUGACGCUACUUUUCGGUAGCGAUGAGCCUGCUGUGGCUUUGGCUUCGUUGAUGGGCCUGGAUACAGAGCAGCAUCCUGGCUUCUAUUCCCGUCCUGUCCGAGGUGCUUCGAUGGUUUUUGAACUGUAUAGCUUUGAGACCGACGGAGAUGACGACAGCUACCCAAGCAGUAGCGACAUGUACGUGCGGUUCUUCUUGCACAAUGGGACAGACUCUUCCACCGAAUUUGUUUCAUUCCCACUGUUUGGAUAUGGACCCAGUCAAGCAUAUAUUCCAUGGAACGAGUUCGAAGCCGAAAUGGAGACCUUUUCCGUCCAGUCUGUUGAUGAGUGGUGUCUGCUCUGCAAUGCGAGCUCGGUGUUUUGCUCAGGAGCCUUGAGCCGCGAUGACUCUACUCCCAAAAAGAAGGGCAUGACUCCUGCAGUGGCCGGUGUCAUUGGAGCGGUUGUCACUCUCGUCGUUAUUGGAUUGGUAGCCGUGGCUGUAUUUUUCGUGUGUGGGCUUCGAAAACGGGAAGGGAGACAGGACGGAAGCAAAAAAUCGAGCAUUGGGGGCUUCAAGGGAACCAGCAAGCUUGCUAGCGAUGCAGAUGUUUCCUUCAACAAUCCGCUCUGGGGAACUGGAAAAGAAGCCGGCAAAGAGCAAGACGAUGGGGCUGUUGCUGGAGGGGUGAUCAGGCGUGGGCAAGAGCGGUUAGGAAGCUGGGAAAUGGGUGAACCAAAGUCAGAAACGGAGGGCAUAACGCCGACUAAGCGAGGGGCGUCUUUUGAGGAUUCAUCUGUCCCAGAAGAUUUUGAAGAAUGGCGGCUUCAUAGCCGCUUACAGCCUGUCAAAAUCCGCGAAAGUGUCUAG